AUGCCCAGAACAUCAGGUUCCAGCGCUUCUAGCUCCAGCGGCCGAGGCCGUGGUUGGGGCCGAGUCCGCAGAGCUUGGGGAGGACAUACUUUCAUACGUAGGAAUACCCGGAACUCAUCUUCUCAAUCUGGCUCCUCAGUACAUUCGAGUCCCAAUGCUUGCAAUCUGCCUCGUCAAUACUCAGCUACGCCCGAACCACCCAUUUCCCAUGAAGAACAAAAUCCUCGAAGUAGCAGCGAGCCUGUCCAGCAUGAAGUUGUCAUGGCUAUGGACAUUAAGGACGAUUUCACGAUCGGGUGUGCAUACUUUUCCACUACAGAUGGAAUUCUUCAAGUUUCAGAAGACAUUUCUGCAGCUUCCUUGGACAUCGCUGAGCAGUUCCUCACCCAUGCUCAGCCGAAUAGUCUCCUUAUGUCGGCAAGAGCACCUGCGAGUUUUCGGGAUCAUCUUGAGAAACUCGUUAACCCAGGAGGCAAGGGCAUCAUUCUUCGAGGCUUGCAGUCUUCCGAAUUCUCGAUUGAUACGGCACACGAGCGGCUUGUGGGUUUGAACUCUCAAGCCUUAUCAUCUACCGGCAUCAUAUUCUCGACUGGCAUGGAAGAUGAUGCAGACGAAGAACCUGUACCAGGACAUCCACUGCCCGAAUCAUGUGCCUUCCGGUCACUUCGAUAUGGAGGGUCUAUAAACAUGAACAGUCCUGUCUCAGUAGGAUGUGCUGGCGCCUUACUGGGUGAUAUCCUUCAUCGAAGGUCUGCUGGCUUUCUACCUGACGGGCAGGUAGCCGGUGUUCUAUUCCGUGUUACUGACAUCCGCAUGUUCUCACUCUCGUCCUAUAUUCAAGCAUUAGGGUCAAAUACAAAUCAAAGUAAUGCAAAAGAGAGUCUUUCGGUCUAUGGCCUUUUUCAAAAUCUGGCUUCUACACCACAGGGCCGUACACAUUUGCGUCGAAUAUUUCUCCGACCCCUGUUAAACAUCAACAUAAUUUCAGAAAGGCAAAGGUCCAUUGCAGCAUUACUGCAACCUGAAAAUGCCGAUAAACUGCCACAACUGGCCUCGACUCUCCGCAAGAUCCGGAACUUGCAUACUACGUUCGCGCAGCUCCGCAAAGGUAUCGAGUUUCCUUCUGCUGGGCAGUCUUUUGAUAAGGGAGUAUGGGGAACUAUUCACAAAUUCACCACUCACGCUCUGACACUCAGAGAACUAAUAGCAUCAAUUAAUGGUGGCUCUGAUGUGGUUCUGUUCAAACAAGUAAUUGACGAUAUACAGCCGCCUAGCCUGGUGGCUGUUAAAGAAAUAAUCGAUAAAACAAUCGACUUUGAACAAUCCAAGGCACGCCAUCGAUCCUCAGUAAAGGCUGGGAUCGAUCCCAAACUAGACGAACUAAAAAGACAAUACGACGGCAUGGACAGUUUCUUGACAGAAGUCAUCAACCACGUGCACCGCGAACUACCGGACUGGGCGCGCAAAUAUGUGCAAUCAUGCAUUUUCUUACCUCAAAUCGGUUUCCUCACAGUAGUGGAAUCAAACCCUGCCACGGGGAAUGGGCAUUAUGAGGGAGAAGGUACCACACUUGAAGCAUGGGAGAAACUGUUCAAUGCAGACGGUGCAUCAUGCUACAAGAACAGCUACAUGCGAGAGUUGGAUGAAGAAUAUGGAGACAUGUACUGCCAAAUCGGAGAUCGAGAAGUGGAAAUUAUACAUGGACUCGUCAGCAAAGUGUUGAAAUAUGAAGAGCUUUUGCUUUCCGCAUCAGACAUGUGCGGCGAGUUCGAUGCAAUACUUGCGCUUGCUCUUGGCGCUGAAAAGUACAACUGGCGGGGACCGCAGGUCGUGGAAGCAAGUGUCAUCCAUAUCGAAGAAGGUCGUCACCCUUUACAGGAGCUUGUUGUGCCGGCUUUCGUCCCAAACUCCUGCCACCUUGUUGCAGGGUCACCAAGCGUAUCAGGAGUGCAAGAUGGCUCGCCCCAGGCUGUAAUCCUCACCGGCCCAAACCACUCUGGAAAGAGUGUGUAUCUGAAACAAACGGCUAUUAUAGUUUACCUUGCCCACAUCGGCAGUUUUGUACCAGCCACUCAGGCCGUUAUUGGGCUUACUGAGAGUAUCCUCACCUGCAUUUCACCUCGAGAAAGUAUGUCUGGGGGCGAAAGUGCAUUUGCCAGGGACAUGAAACAAGCCGCUUUAUCGAUGAAGACUUCUUCGCCAAGAAGUCUCAUCCUCGUCGACGAAUUUGGAAAAGGAACAAACGGAGACGACGGUGCUGCAUUACUGGCUGCACUGCUAGACCACUACCUAUCACUCGGAUCCGACUGUCCUCGUCUUCUGGCUGCCACACACUUCCAUGAGGUAUUCGAGAAUAGUUAUCUGGAACACCAUAGCAGCUUCAGAAUUGCGCAUAUGAACGUCAGACUGGAACGGGAGGCAUCGCUUGUGGAUGACCAAGUCAUUUACCUGUUCAACCUCGAGUAUGGCCACAAUGCUUCCAGCUAUGGAGGUAGGUGUGCAGCUCUGAAUGGCGUGCCGAGUCCAGUUGUCGACCGUGCUGAGAACGUUUCCCAACUGCUUGCUCGUAAUGAAGACUUGGGUGCGGUUUGUGCUCGUCUAUCUCCAACAGAUGAGGGCGUUUUAGAGAAAGCAGAGGUGACGGCGCGGAUUUUCCUAGGCCAAUCAUUCGAUUGUGAGGGUGAAGUUGAACCAGGAGAGGCGGAAGAAAAUGUCAGAGAUUCUGUCAGGGAUAUACUGGAAGCCAUGCUUUCACCAAAUAUUUGA